CUUCAUGCCCAGCCCACAACUCGCAUAGUCCCUCUCCACACGCGCACGAAGAACAACCAACGUGCAGAAUAUAGAGAGAAAGAGGAGCAAAAUCACCAUCACGAUUACCCAAAUUGGCCACCUUUGAUUCCUCACGAUUGCUUCCAUGCCUGACAUUUUCCGCUACAUGUUAGGUUCCAUGGCCAAUUCGUGAUCCAACUGUCCCUUUUCCAAAACCCUAGGAGAGAGAAACUUCGAGUUGAAACGGCCUCUUGGGGCUCUUAGGUUUUGCCCUACCUUCCAAUUCUGCGACCCUUUCGUGAAUUAAGAUGCGAAGUAAAGCUCUUAGAUAUUAGAGGUUGGGAAUGCAUGGAUAUAACUCAGGAUCUGCACUUGUUGUAAAUGCUGAGGUCGAUUCUAUGGGAGGAGUUGUUGACGGCGGAGUUGGGAUAGGUUUGAAGAUCUCUCCGCGCAGAGCAGCAAUUGAGAAGGCUCAAGCAGAGCUCAGAGAGGAGUAUGAUGCUCGUGAAGAAAGAAGAAGAGAACUAGAAUUUCUUGAAAAAGGUGGGAAUCCUCUGGACUUUAAGUCAGGGAAUGCUGCCUCAGCUAGCGUCCAGUCUACUUCACUCACUGAUCAGCAUCAUGAGCAGUUUGUGACCAGUGAAGCAAAAGGUAGUUUUGCAUUGACUGCCUCCCCUCAUGGUGACUCUGUUGACAGUAGUGUUAGACCAGGUGCUCCUUUGGCUAGUGAACCUAAUACUGCUGAUAAUCUCCUACUUUUUGAUGGUGAGAAUGAGUUGCCUGAAACUGAGAGGAGGUGCCUGCAUUCAAAUAGAAGGAAUAAUAAUGCUCCGUCAGAGCAGUCUUCCCAAAUUGAUGGGAGUCAAAAUGUUAGGGAGACUGAAGAUUCUGCUAUUUUCCGGCCAUAUGCACGAAGGAACAGAUCUCGACCAAAUCAUGGUCCUCGUGGAGCUUCAAGGGAAGUGAAGGGAUUAAUAUCUGAAGCAAAUAACCAAAGGAACCCUAAUUUGCCUUCUGUAUCUAAGCCAAAGCCUUCCAGUUUAAAUGGUGAUAUCGGUACUAAAAGUCUGGCAACUAAUAAUACACUCAAUAAUGAACUGGUUGGGAUCCGAGAUCAUCAAUCCACUAGUGGCAGUUCUAGUGUUCCUCAUGAUAAAUUGAAUAUUACUGUGAAUAGAAACUUAAAAGGAAAUCAUGGAACUCUACCUUCAGAAGUUAACACUGUUCGAAACCCAGUUAUCAUGGCUUCUGGAGAAGCUAAUGCUGUUGAAUCAAGGGAGCCAGUAGCUGCUGUUGAUCAUGAGCCUUCACCUCAUGUACUUACUACAAAACCUGAAAAUGGGACUUAUCAUUGUCAGCCAAAUGGGUUUGGCAAUGUAGAAGUAGGCAGGAAAAGUGCACUAAAUGAAGGCCAAAAUAACAUUGCUACAUUAGGCCCGAAGAAUUUCAAUUUAGAGUCCUCGUGCACACAUAUUAGUUUAGGUAGAGAUGUAAAUAAUGAUAGUGAUAUGUGUACUAAUAUAAAGAAUGUUGAUGCUAAUGAAAAUAACAUGGAACAACCAUUUGCAUUAGAGAAUAAACUGACCUUUGUGGGCUGUGAAGUUGUGAAAGAUAGGCACAAGACCAAAAGUGAAAAUGGUGCUACUCUUAGCAACAAGCAUGAUGCUGGUAAUCAAAAUCAUUCUGGUAGUGGUAAUGUUGUCAAAGCUGAGGAAGAUGUCCCAAUUAACAGUUCUAUCUUGUCAAAUAUAAAGGGAGUACAUCACAAUGAUAGUACCAUAACAAAAUCUGAUAAGGAUACUGUCUUAGUGGAUCAUUCAAAUUCUGUGAAGGAAACCAGCUAUGAAAGACAUCAGGCUCCUGCAGAUUUGUCAUUAUUAGAACUUCCUCAGACUGCUGCAGCUGAAAAGGUUACUAGUGCCACCUCUGAUGGUCAACCAGGUUCUACGCACAACAUGAAGUUAGCAGACAGAGCUCAUGAAGAUUCUAUUCUGGAAGAGGCUCAAAUUAUAGAGGCCAAGAGGAAGAGAAUUGCAGAGUUAUCUAUUCGCUCUUUACCCAAGUUGAACCACAGAAAGUCACACUGGGGUUUUGUUCUUGAGGAAAUGGCAUGGUUGGCAAAUGAUUUUGCACAGGAGCGUCUUUGGAAGAUAGCUGCUGCUGCACAAUUCGGUCAUCGGGCAGCUUUUACUUGUCAGUUAAGAUUUGAAAAACUAAACAAACAACUAGGGAUAAAAAUUUUGUCUCGCAAGAUUGCAAAUGCUGUCAUGCAAUUUUGGCAUUCAGCUGAGCUGCUUCUAGAAAAUGAUGAUCCUGGUGUUGAAUGCAUUGUUGGUUCUGUUGAAUCUGGGAAUGUUUAUGGAAAUAAAGCUUCUAGGGACCGAAGAAGAAAUUCCAAUUUGCUGCUGGAAACAAGCAAAACUUUGGAUGGACAAAGUCCUGAAAAACAUGCUGCACUUAACGUGCAUGCAUAUGCUUUAAGAUUUUUAAAGACUAAUAGAUCUCAUGGAAUUUCCUCUCAAGCAGAAGCACCAACAACACCUGAAAAGAUAUUUGACUCGAGCACUGUUGACAUGUCAUGGGAUGAGCAUCUUAAUGAGGAACGUCUUUUCUAUGAAGUUCCUCCCACUGCAAUGGAAACAUACAGAAAAUCUAUUGAAUCUCAUUUCCUACAGUUUGAGAAAACUGGAAGUAUCACUCAAGAGGAAGUUGAAACAUCCGUCUAUGAUACUGCAGCAGAAUUUGGUUCUGAAGAGAAUGCAUAUGAUGAGGAAGAAGGAGAAACCAGUACCUAUUACUUGCCUAGUGUUUAUGAGGGCAACAAAUCAUCAAAAUCUGCACAUAAGAAACAUAAAAACUUGAAGUCGUACGCUCAUAGGUGUGGUGAUUCUGGUACUGAUUUGCCUUAUGUGCACUAUACAACUGGUACUCAACCAUCCAUGGUGUUUGGGAAAAGACCUGCUGGUUUAAAUGUUGGGCCAGUACCAACAAAACGCAUGCGAACUGCUACUAGGCAUAGAGUUUUAAGUCCUUUCACUGGCAACAUGGGGAUGAUACAGGCUCAAGCUAAGGCAGAUGCUUCAAGUGGCGAUACCAAUUCCUUUCAUGAGGAGCAGAUACAUGUUGGACCCCUGAUCCAGCAAAGUAUGGAGGUGGAGUCGGUUACAGAUUUUGAGAAACAGUCAUCUUAUGACUGUGCAGAAACAUCUGUUAAAACAAAGAAGAAGAAGAAGGCAAAGGCUUUGGGUUCUACAUAUGACCAGGGAUGGCAGUUGGAUUCUAUUCUAAUUGAACAGAGGGAUCAUUCCAAGAAGAGAGUGGAUAGUCAUCACUUCGAAUCUAAUGGAAACAGUGGCUUGUAUGGGCAACAUAAUGUGAAGAAGCCGAAGAUAAUGAAGCAAUCACUUGAUAAUCCUUUGGACAAUGUUGCUCCAAUGACUAAUUCUAUUCCUUCCCCUGCUGCUUCACAAAUGAGUAACAUGUCCAAUCCCAAUAAAUUUAUUAAGAUCAUUAGUGCACGAGACAGGGGCAGGAAAGCUAAAGCAGUGAAGAUUUCUGCUGGACAGCCUGGUUCUGGAAGUCCUUGGUCACUAUUUGAAGAUCAGGCUCUUGUGGUCCUGGUGCAUGAUAUGGGUCCAAACUGGGAGCUUGUAAGUGAUGCCAUCAACAGUACUCUCCAAAUCAAGUGUAUCUUUCGGAAACCAAAGGAAUGCAAGGAACGUCAUAAAGUUUUAAUGGAUAGAAGUGCUGGGGAUGGGGCAGAUAGCGCUGAAGAUUCAGGGUCUUCACAGUCUUAUCCAUCUACGUUACCUGGAAUUCCUAAGGGUAGUGCCAGGCAGUUGUUUCAGCGUUUGCAAGGGCCAAUGGAGGAGGAUACACUGAAAUCUCAUUUUGAGAAAAUUAUAAAGAUUGGGCAGAAGCAACAUUACCUUAAGAAUCAGAUUGAUAACCAGGAUUCAAAACAAUUAAUGCCUGUCCAUAAUUCACACAUGAUUGCUCUUUCCCAAGCCUGCCCCAACUACCUGAAUGGAGCUGUUUUAACGCCACUUGAUCUCUGUGAUACAAAUUCAAGCUCAGAUGUCCUAGCCUUUGGAUAUCAGGGUUCUCAUGCUGCUGGUUUGGGAUUAUCAAGUCAAGGUUCUGUUCCGUCAAUGCUUCCUACAUCUGGCGUGAAUUCUUCACUACCUGGGACUUCUGGUAUGGUUCUUGGCAAUAACCUGUCAUCAUCAUCUGGUCCGAUUACUGCCUCUGUCAGGGAUAGUAGAUAUGGGAUUCCAAGAAAUUCACCUUCAUCAGUGGAUGAGCAGCAGAGAAUACAAUACAAUCAAUUGUUAUCUGGAAGAAACAUCCAGCAGAGCAUGUCUGGGACUCUUUCUGGAAGUGAUCGGGGUGUUCGCAUGCUUCCUGGUGGAAAUGGUAUGGGUUUAAUGAAUGGAAUUAACAGAAGCAUGUCAAUGGCCAGGCCAGGGUUUCAAGGAAUAGCAUCACCAUCGAUGCUUAAUUCUGGAAGUAUGCUUUCCUCUAAUAUGGUGGGAAUGCCAAGCCCAGUAAAUAUGCAUCCUGGACAAGGGAACUCAAUGUUACGACCUCAUGAAACUCUACAUAUGAUGAGGCCUGGCCAUAACCCAGAACAUCAAAGGCAAAUGACAGUUCCAGAGCUUCAGAUGCAGGUCACCCAAGGGAACAGUCAAGGUAUUCCUGCUCUGUGUGGGCUGAGUUCUGCCUUUAGUAAUCAAACAACUCCACCUGUUCAGCCUUACCCAGGACAGGCCACGCAGCCACACCAACUGUCCCAGCAACAAUCCCAUCUCAGCAAUCCUCGUCCUCAUCUUCAAGGUCCAAGUCAGGCCUCUAAUUCACAGCAACAAGCCUAUGCUGUCCGGCUGGCAAAGGAAAGGCAACUGCAGCAACAGCAGCGAUAUCUGCAGCACCAGCAGCAGCUUGCUGGAUCAAAUGCAUUGAUGCCACAUGUCCAGGCACAGUCUCAAAUUCCCAUAUCCUCAUCACCGUUGCAGAACAGUUCCCAAGUUCAUCCACAAAAUUCUUCUCAGCAAGUACCUCUUUCACCUGUAGCACCAUCUUCACCUUUGACUCCCUUGUCAUCUCAGCACCAACAGCCACAACCUGGAUUCAGCAGGAAUCCUGCUGCUGGUGUGUUGACUAAUCAAGCAGCAAAGCAGCGGCAUCGACAGCCACCACAGCAGCAGCAGUAUCAGCAGCCUGGUAGGCAACACACCAAUCAGCGGCAUAAUGUACAGUCUCAACACCAGGCAAAACUUCUAAAGGGAGUGGGAAGAGGAAACAUAAUGGUCCAUCAGAACCUCCCUGUGGAUACUUCUCAUCUAAAUGGACUCUCUCGGCCUGUGGGAAGUCAAACUGGUGAAAAAGGGGACGAAAUCAUACACAUGAUGCAAGGUCAAAGUUUAUACCCUGGACCUGGUUUGAACCCAAAUAACCCAUCAAAGCCCUUGGGUCAUGCCCAUUCUUCAAACUAUUCACAGUUGCAGCAGAAGGUACAUUCUGGAUCAACAACCACUUCAUCAAAACAACCUCAUAUUCCUUCCGAUACUAGUUCUCAAGGGCAGGUUUCACCAGUUUCAUCCAGUCAGUUGUCACCUCCUCAGCCAGCUGUUAUUGCUUCUAGCCACCAUCAGCUGCCAUUACAGAUUCAGCCUCAGUCUAAGAAAAUUAUUCAAACUCAAACAAAUGUUCAGAGAAUUUUGCCUCAAAACUGUCAGGUGCAAUCUGAGUCAGCAAGCAAGUCUCAAUCUAAUUCAGCUCAAGCUGAUCAACAGCCUGCAAAUUCUCCCCAGGUUAGUUCAUGUGCUACAAUGACACAGGAUUGUAUUGAUUCUGCUAGUGCAGUACCAGUUUUUACUUCUGUAUCUUCUCAGUGGAAAACAUUGGAACCACCAUUUGAUUCCACUGUGAAGAAUCAAACCACUCAAGGGAGCUCCUUGGGGAGUGCACCUGUUGGAAAUUCAACUGGAAAUGAGCAGCCAACAAUUAGUCAAGGGUUAGGGCCAAGAUCAGGUAGCUUGACUAACGCACAUAAUUCUGAUACACAGUGGCAACAGCAUCAGCAACAACCUCUUCAACAGUCAUUGUCACAACCCAUCCUAUCUCAGCAGCCAUAUCAGGCACCAGAGCAGCAGCAGCAACAGGAGCAAGAACUGCAUCCUUCCAAAGAUCUUGCUUUACAACAUCAGUCUCAGCAACAUGUGCAGCAUUUACAAUCAGGACAGAGCAGUUUGUUUAUCCAACCUCCUAAUUCUAAAGUGGAAUGAUGCAUUCUUAUGGAUGGAGCAGCCAAGUGUGCUUGUUCUGUCCGGAUUGGAGUCUCUAUGCCUUUAUGACAGCAGUGUACAGAUGUAGCUGGCUAUUCAUGAUGGGGACUGUGGAUUAUGGAAACUGAUAUUCGUUGUUUCUGCACAGGUCCUGUUAAAAUAUUAACCAAAGUUAUAUUGGCAGGCUUCGUUGCUUAUUUUGUUCUUGUUUCGCAAAUCUUGUAUAUUACCACUGUUCUUAGAAGGUUGACCCCCCUUUUUAUUUUUUUGUAAAGAGACGAAUAUAGAGGUAUUUGUACAGGGUCGUCUCUUUUUUCUUUUGUACUUUCCCCCUCCCUUUCCUUUUGUCUUGUUUUACCUUCUCAUGUGUAGAGGAACAGUUCCUUUUUGUUUUAUUAGAUCAGCGAAUGUAUGAUUACUUUAGAUAAUUGGGAUAGAAAUCAUUUUUAUGGGCAAAAGCCUAUUGAAGGUUUUGUGAAUACAAGUUUUCUGAUGUUCAAACCGGCUGAUAAUGCUAUUUAUUAUCUUAGUACUACCAUCUGCACUUGUGGAAAUUUUCAAUAUUGUAACCAUUUUAAGUUUAUGAAACACAAUGUUUUAAGAGCUGAUCCUUACAUCUUUAAUGUGUCAAC